AUGUGUAAUAAAGAAAAUGUGGUUCCAAAUAAUUCUUUAUCUACGUUGGUUUCUUGUGAUAAUAAAUAUUGGGAUGAGAUAUUAGCACCACAGGAACAAGAUGUUUUGCAGGACUUGGGAGAAAUCCCACGAUGUGAUUACAAUAUUAUUAGUUAUGACAAGGGGGCUCCUGUUCAACUAUUUGCGGUUCCAGAGGAACAAGAUAUUCUUCAAGAGCCUGUAGAAAUCCCACUAGAUGAUGAUGUUAUGCGAUGCAUUAUAAACACACAUUCUGAUAUAACUGUACUUGGCACGGGACGCGAUUUUCUUGAUAGCAUCAUAAUAGAACAGAAAGAUGCUGAAAAUAUUACCACUGAACAAAUACAGCAUUUUAACCAAAAUACAGAUGCAGGUCCGUCUACAAAACCUACAGGCGAUUCGGUAAAUCUAUUUACGAGUGAAAUUAACUUAGAAAAUCAACUUGGAUUAAGUGCUAAAAUCACAGCUUCGGCAAAUAGUCUUGUAGAAGGUAAAGAUGAAGAUGAGUUGAGUACUAAUCAGGGUGGAAUCAUAGCUUCGGCAGACAACCUGCGAGAAGGGAAUGCAGAAGAAUUGAGUGCUGAUCACCCUGAAAAUCCAGUUUUGACAAAAACCGUCGGAGAAGAACAUGCAUUGGAACCGACCAACUUAUAUACUAAAGAGGGAAACCUAAGAAAAAGAAAAAAAUAUGACAUGUCUUUAGAAAUGCGAAAACGUAUAAAAUUAAACAAGAUAAGGGAAGACCAUAGGCCGUUGCAGUCGUGCGAUCGUGAUAAAUGCAAAAAAAAAUGCAAUAUUAAAAUCUCAGAACUUCGACGAUCUGAAAUCAAUCGGCAGUUUUGGAAUUUGUCUUGGUUAGAAAGGCGAACAUUUAUUUUUAAUACCUGCAAACGCUUGGCAGUGAAAAGGCGACCCAAGUCUGCAGAAAGUGAGAAAAAACAAAAUACGUUUAAGUAUUAUUUCCCUGACGAAAAAUUAUUAACUGAGGCAGUUACUCACGAAGUCUGUAAGGUAUUUUUCCUAACCACAUUAGGUUAUAAGAAAAACAAUGAUCGGGUGAUAACAGAAGUUUUAUCAAAAACUGAAAAAGGAAGUCUGCAACCAAAUCGAGACCAGCGCGGGAAACACGACAAACACAACAAAUUUGAACAUGAAGACUUGCUUGAACAGCACAUUGAAUCUUUCAACCCCACAAUCUCUCAUUACCGUCGCGAGCACGCGCCGCUCACAAGAUACUUACCCAGUGAUGUGAAUAUUUCCCUAAUGUUUGACGAUUUUAAAAAGAAAUACCCUAAUUUUAAAUUGUCAUAUGAAUUGUACCGCCGAAAAGUGAAGAGCUUACGUAUAUCAUUUGCAUCGCUAGGUCACGAAGAAUGCGAAGAUUGUGAAGAAUUUCAAUUGCAUGGCCAUCUGAAGGAUAAUCUACAACCUGAUUGUAAGCAAUGUGAAAUCUGGAAGAAGCAUAUAGAUAAAGCCAGUGCAGCUCGAAAUCUGUAUCGACAACACGCUGAGCAGACGUUUGAAGAUGGCACGAUGGAGUGCACUAGUGCAGAAACAAUCAGUCAUCACGUGAUUAGUUUUCCCGCGUUAACGGUGCAUCGUGACAGACAGCAGUAA